CAUGGCCUCCAUGACGGAGCGACCGCUUCAACUUUAAUUUUUCGCAGAUUUCCAGAGCAGAAAAUCGUCCUUUUCUCGCCGCGUCGCCGCCGGGAAUGCUCCGCGGGAAGCCGCCGCCAUGGCAGAGCUGUGAGGCGGAGGAGACCUUUCCGAGAAGUUCGCUGCUGGAUUUAAAAAAACAGGUUUAAGUUGUGUGGAAAGCUGGAGAGGAAAAAGAGAAUUGCAUCAAUUCCAAUGCCAUCUGAGGCUCAGUCUCAGGAGCCUCGGGACAGAGGACCGCCCCCUCCCGUCACUCGGGCCGGACGCAGCGCCCUGUUGGCCAAAGCGGCUGCCAGUAGCCCCGCCCCCGAGAAGCGUCCCCGCGGGCGGCCUCGGAAGGAUGGGAGCGCCGGCCGCACCGCGCCUCCUCCCCCUCCGCCCUCCCCUCCUCCUCCUCCCCCUCCGCCUCCCAAAUCCAGGAAGAAGGGGCGCAGUCGAGGCCGAGCCCAGGUGGAGGAUGAAGAGAGCAUGGACGCCACGGAGAAGAAGCUGCCGCAGAAGACAGAGGUGAAGGAGGUGAAGGAGGUCAAGGAGGUCAAGGAGGUCAAGGCGGCAGGAAGGCGUCGGUCAGCUUCCAGAAGAAAAUCCAACCCAAACCCUGAACCCGAACCGGACCCCAAACCCGAGCCAGAGCCUGAAGCUGACCCCGACCUGGACCCCGACCCGGACCCGGACCCAGAACCGGACCUGGAACCAGACCCCAGCCAGGACAGGCUCAGUCCAAAACCCGACCUGAACUCUGAGCCCGGUCUGAUCCACACCGACCCGGCUGUCCCGGUCCCGGUCUCCAGCCCCAGGGAGGAAGGCGGGUCCAGCCCCGGUCCUGCUGCCCCGGUUCCCAGCCCCCGACCAGCUUCCUGUCCUGAACAGGAAGACAGAAUGAGCCCCGCCCCCUCAUCCCCGGUGGGUAGCCCCAGACCCGCUCCUGACCCUGGGGAGGAGGAGCAACCUGACCCCGACCCCGACCCAGACCCCGACCCGAUGGAGGUGAACUGCAGCGGUAGCCCCGUGCCUAUAGAGACGACGGAGGGCGGAGUCAGCCUGAACCCCAGCCCCCCUCUGAGCCCCUGUCCCAGCCCCCUGCCCAGCCCCCUGCCCAGCCCCCUGGCCUCGCCCUGCCCCCGGCUGGGCUUCAGUCCCGGGGAGGACGACGACUCGCUGUCCCCCCUGUUCCAGCGCUCGCUGUCGGAGGAGUCCGGAGGCUCGCCCACGCCCAGCCUGGGACACACCAAAAAACGUCUGAAGCAGUGUGCCUUCUGUUACCGUGGUGACGAGCCUCCCCUGGGUCAGGGUCGCCUGGUGGUGUUCGGCCCGACGCCGGGCUACAUCCCACUCCACAUCCUCAACCGCCGCGCCUCCUCCGACCGCGACAACGACUGCCAUGAGCACUGCUACCACGGCAACCAGGCUCCACCCACGUGCAGCAGUCCAGAACAGUGUGAGGAGGAGUCUUCCUCAGAGUUCGUGGAGCAGCUGGGAGCCGUCGGCCUUCCUCACGACAUCAACGUCCAAUCACUGUUCGACCCCACAGGUCAGUGCUGUGCUCACCUGCAGUGUGCGGCCUGGUCAGAGGGGGUGUGUCGCGGCGAGGGCCAAUCACUUCUCUACGUCGACAAAGCCAUCGACUCAGGAAGCACACAGGUAUGUGUGUUCUGUGGUCGUCUGGGAGCGUCGCUGCGUUGCCGGGAGACGGGCUGUGGGCGGAGCUACCACUUCCCCUGCGCCGCCGCCGCCGGAGCUCAGCAGGACUGGAACCAGAGACACACACUGUGCACCAGACACACAGUCUCUUGUGUGUGUGUGGUGUGUUCAGGUGUCAGUGAUGCGGGCGGUCAGUUGAUGUGCUGUUGCUGCGGUAACCGUUACCAUGGCAGCUGCCUGGACCCUCCUGUGGCCCCCUCCCCCCUGCGGCGGGCUGGCUGGCAGUGUCCUCAGUGUCGAGUGUGUCAGAUCUGCAGGUUGCGAGGGGACGACAGUGUGCUGCUGGUGUGUGAGCGCUGUGAUAAGGUCUACCACACACACUGCCUCACGCCGGCCCUGGAACACACACCCAGCAGCGGCUGGAGCUGCAAGAACUGCCGAGUGUGCUUACGGUGUGGUGUGAGGUCGUCAGGUCAGUGGGCCAAUCACCCGUCCCUGUGUGAGUCAUGUGACCCCGCCCUGCCUUGCCCGCUCUGUGGCCACGCCCUCGACCCCUCCUUAUCGCAGGACUGUCUGACGUGUAUCUGCUGCUAUAGGUGUGUCCAUGCAGACUGUGUGGUGCAGGCAGGUGAGGGCAGGGUGGAGCCCAGCAGCUACAUCUGUUCUGCCUGCAGACCUCAGGAGGAGGAGCUAACGCCUCACAGCCCAAUCACACACACCCCUGUAGCAGCCCCGCCCCUCAGUCCUACACAGGCCCCGCCCAUCGACCUUCCACAGGUAUCAUCCCCAAGUCACACAGAAGCUGCGCCCACCAGCCCGGCUUCCUGUAGCCCCCCACAUCCUCGGCACAGCCCUGCAGCACAUAGCCCUACCCAGGGCAGCUGCACAGUCCUGCCCCAAAGCCCUGCACCAUCUCAUCCUGGUCCCACAGAGCUCCAAGAAAGCCCUGCACCAUCUCAUCCUGGUCCCAUAGAGCUCCAAGAAAGCCCUGCACCACCUCACCCUGGUCCCACAGAACUCCAAGAAAGCCCUGCACCACCUCACCCUGGUCCCACAGAGCUCCAAGAAAGCCCUGCACCACCUCACCCUGGUCCCACAGAGCUCCAAGAAAGCCCUGCACCAUCUCACCCUGGUCCCACAGAGCUCCAAGAAAGCCCCGCACCACCUCACCCUGGUCCCACAGAGCUCCAAGAAAGCCCUGCACCAUCUCACCCUGAUCCCACGGAGCUCCAAGAAAGCCCUGCACCACCUCACCCUGGUCCCACGGAGCUCCAAGAAAGCCCUGCACCAUCUCACCCUGAUCCCACAGAGCUCCAAGAAAGCCCUGCACCAUCUCACCCUGGUCCCACAGAGCUCCAAGAAAGCCCUGCACCAUCACCAUCUCACCCUGGUCCCACAGAGCUCCAAGAAAGCCCUGCACCAUCUCAUCCUGGUCCCACAGAGCUCCAAGAAAGCCCUGCACCAUCUCACCCUGGUCCCACAGAGCUCCAAGAAAGCCCUGCACCAUCUCCCCCUGGUCCCACAGAGCUCCAAGAAAGCCCUGCACCAUCUCCCCCUGGUCCCACAGAGCUCCAGCAAAGCCCUGCACCAUCUCACCCUGGUCCCACAGAGCUCCAAGAAAGCCCUGCAGCAUCUCACCCUGGUCCCACAGAGCUCCAAGAAAGCCCCGCACCAUCUCACCCUGAUCCCACAGAGCUCCAAGAAAGCCCCGCACCAUCUCCCCCUGGUCCCACAGAGCUCCAACAAAGCCCUGCACCUUCUCAUCUUGGUCCCACAGAGCUCCAAGAAAGCCCUGCACCAUCUCACCCUGGUCCUACAGAGCUCCAGAAAACUGCUGAGCCUCAUAGCCCUACCCACGCCAGCCCCAUACAGGCUCAGCAGAGCCCCAGCCAAGGCAGCUCUAUGCUGGAGACUCAUGGUCCCUCACACGUUAGCCACGGUUCCACCCACAGUCAGUCCAGCCCCACCACACCUUCAGAGGAUCAGCAGAAGCCUACACAUACUCCCCAAAGUCCCGCUCCACCGCAGAGCCCCACCCAGGUUGAGCCUGGGUCUGCAUCGCACAGUCCUGCCCAUGUGAUCAUCACCCAGCCUCAGCGCAGUCCCUCGCCAUGUCCUCCUGCUCAGGUCGUCUCCUCAUCACCUCCGCAGAGUCCUACACAGGAUGCUGAACCUACACUGGACCAGGAGAAGCCUGAAUCAAUUAGCCCUGCUCGGUCCCCUGCUGGCCCGACACAGGACACUUCUACACUGGACCGGGGUAGCCUUUCUCCAGCCUCCUGCAGGCCUGCCCACACAGCAGGAAGCCAUGCCUCAGUGAGGCCCAUUUCAGCUCCAUGUAGCCCCGCCCCAUCCCCACUUAUACCCACACAGUAUAGUUUGUCACAGCCUGCUAGCCCACCACAAGUCCACCUUUUACAGCUUAGCACGUGUAUUGUUCCUCCUGCUAGCCCCUCAUGGCUAAGAGCCACACAGCAGUGCAUCACACAAAUUAGUUCGGUAGAGCUAAGCCCUAAGGAGCCUAGCACAAUGCAGCAUGGCCCGAGCCAUGAUGGCCAAACACUGGAGAGUAGCCCCACCCCUGACCUGUCCAUAGCUGCCCUGGCUAGCUGUGGCACAGCUAGCCAAUCCCUGGACCAGGACAGUCCUGUUCAGAGUAGCAUGGUUAGCCCUGCACAUGCUAGCCUCCCUCUUUCCCCUUCCACACCCACACCACAAAGCCUUGCUCAUGUUAGCACUUCUCUGGGACUUGCUUGCCUAGUUAGCCCACCUCAUGCUCGUGAAAUGGAGGGGAGUCUACCUCCAGCUAGCUCCGGUCAUCAAAGCUCUUCUCAUGAGAGCCCCUCAUGCUGCAUGGAAGCCACUGAAACUAAUGUCAGCCAGAUACAUAUCCAAGAUAGCCUGACUUGUGCUAGCCCCACACAUGCCAGUAAAAUGCCUGCUAGCCCAACUCACGCCAUGUCUCCUCAGGUCUCUGCUGGUCCCACAGCAGUUCAGACCAGCCCUGUCCAUAUAAGCCCUGUACCUGUUCACAUUAGCCCCUCACCGCCACCGACUAGCCCCUCACAGCUGUCGGCUAACAUCUCAGAGUUACUGACUAGUCCCCCACACCUACCAGCUAGCCCCUCUCAGUCGCCGGCUAGCCCCUCUCAGUCGCCGGCUAGCCCCUCUCAGCUACUGGCUGGUCCCUCACUGCUGCUGACUGGCCCCACACAGUUACCAAGUAGCCCUUCAGUACUACCACCAAGCCCUUCACCACUGCCAGCUAACUCAUCACAGAUACCAGCUAGCCAUAAUCACCCUAGCUCAACUCAGGAUGAGGAAAUGGAGGUAGCUGUGAGCAGUCCAACUCAGUCUAAUAAUACGCAAGCUAGUCCUAUUCCAGUAAACUCUGCUCAUUCUAGCCCACUUCAUACUGUUGCCACUUGUGCUAGCCCAAUCCGCACAGAUGCUAAUGAUAGCAGCAGGCUGACUAGUGUUAGCCCAGUUCAUGGUCAGGCUGGCAUCAUUCCCUCAGAUCAUAGUUUUACAGAGGCUCAUCAACCUAGCCCAAGUCCCACACAUGGCAGUCAGUCGGAGUCUGUUGUUUUUUGUCCCAUACUCAUUGGAGCGAGCUGCAGCCCUUCGCAUGUUGCUCAGACACAGUCUAGUCCCAGGUCUCCAGCAGCUAGCUUUAGUCCUCCUCACCAUAGGCUGACUGACAGCCCAGUUCAUAGCUCUGCUAGCCAUAUCCUUAGGCCUGUUUCCCCAGACCAUACUGUACAAACAAGCUCCACCAGUGCUAGCGUAACUGAUGCUGGGGUCAUUCAUAGUCCACUUAGGUCUAGUCCUGCUGGUCAUUCUAGUCCUGCUCACAUGCAGACCACCUCCAGUCCCAGCCAUUGCAACCCACUGCAAACAGAAAGAAACACAAGCUCAGUCUGUGUUAGCCCUCCUCGUAGUCCAGCUCAGGCCAGCAAAACAUAUCAUAGCCCAACACGUAGCCCUGACUGUAGCCCGGUUCCCAUCAGUGACCCGCAUUCUGGCCUUUCUAAGGCCCCGCUGAGCUGCUCUGUUGCGACUCCAAGUCCUGAUGACAGCUCGGUCCUGCCUGCACACAGCCUUAGCCACACAAGCCCAACAGACACUCCCCUGCUCCAUGACUCCUGUGCUGUUCAGAGUCAUGCUAGCCAGAAUCUGGCUAGCCCUGUGCUAAUCCAGGACAGUUCUGUUAUUGAAACUCAAGACAGUCAUGUUGAAACCCAGGACAGCUCUCUUUGUCAAAGUCCAGUAAACCCUGCUCAUGCUACUGCCACUAUCGAUUCUAGUCCCACUCAGGGUAGCACUGCGAUGCCUAGCACUAGCCACACCAGUGAAAUGCCUCCUAGUCCCACACACUCCGACCCCGUACAUAUCAGCUCCAGCCAGGCUGGCUCUCCUCAGACAAGCCCCUCCCAUGCUCAUCACGCUAGCCCUGUGCACACUAGCCCACUUGCUAGUCCAGUUGGUUGCCCCAUGUAUUCAGGUCUUAAACAAGCUAGUCCCGUGCCUGCUAGUGAGACUACUGUUGUCCCUGAGCAGUUGGUGGCUAGCUCUGGUCCUGGCAGCCCGCUGAGGACUGAUGCUAGCUCCGGUCCUGGCAGCCCAGUGAGGACUCAUGUGAGUCCUCAUCCUGUUAUCCCUGUGAGGACUGAUGCUAGCCCUGGUCCUGCUAGCCCUGUGCCAGCUGAGGCUACUCCUCAUCCUGUUAACCUUGUGAGGACUGGUGCUAGUCCUUGUCUUGCUAGCCCUUUGAGGACAGAUGCUAGCCCUGGUCCUGCUCUCCCUGUUAAGACGGAUAUUACCCCUGUGAGUACAGAUGCUAGCCCUGUGAGGAAGGAUGCUAGCCCAGUGAGGACAGAUGCUAGCCGUGCUUCUGCUAGCCCACUGAGGACGGAUACUAGCCCACUGUGGACGGAUGCCAGCCCUGGUCACGUUAGCCUUGUUAGGACACAUGCUAGCCCAGUGAGAUCGAAUGCUAGCCCUGGUCUUGUUAGCCCAGUGAGGACUGAUGCCAGCCCUCAUCCUGCUAGCCCAGUCAGGACACAUGCUAGCCCUGGUCGUACUAGCCCAGUGAGGAUGGAUGCUAGCCCUGGUCAUGCUAGCCCAGUGAGGACACAUGCUAGCCCCGGUCGUGCUAGCCCAGCGAGGACGGAUGCUAGCCCAGCGAGGACGGAUGCUAGCCCAGCGAGAACGGAUGCUAGCCCACUGAGGACGGAUGCUAGCCCACUGAGGACGGAUGCUAGCCCACUGAGGACGGAUGUUAGCCCAGCGAGGACGGAUGCUAGCCCAUUGAGGACGGAUGCUAGCCCAUUGAGGACGGAUGCUAGCCCAGCGAGGAUGUGUGCUAGCCCUGCCCAGACUGAGGCGGGUGAGGAUCGUGGCCCCGCUGAGCUGCUGGUUAGCCCGUCUUCACUCAGCCCCCAGCAUCUCUCAGCAGCAGAGAGGGAGCCUGCAGCUGCUCUGGACGUCUCCGUGACUGAGGAAGCUGUAGACCAGCAGGACGAGCAGGAUGACAUGGUGCCACAGACGAAGACGAGGACGAGGACAGAGGAGGAGGAGGAGGAGGCGGGGAGAGAAAUUCUGCAGCAAAGGACAGAGGAGGAGGAAGCACAUCUGAAGACAGAGGAGAGGAAAGAAGAGGAGGAGGCUGACCAGGGAGAGCAAACGGUGCAGCAACACAAGCAGGAGGAGGAGAGAGAGGAAGAGGAGGCCUCCCUAUGGCCUGCUGCAGGUGCUGACUCCUCAUUGGUCCAGCUGACAGCCGGUGUCCUGACUGAAAGGUGCCCGUCUCCUCCUGUGGCCGCCUCCUCCCCCUCCCCCCCACAGUCAGCUGCUGCAUCCCCUCAGCCCCUCCCACCCCCUUCGCCCUGCUCCUCCCCUCCCUCACCUCCCCCGCCUCCUCUCAGAGCUGGUUCUCUGGAGGCCUCCUCCCCCCCCUCCCCUCACAGGACUGCCUUAUCCCUCUCCUCCUCCCCCUCCCCCCUCCUCCCUCCUCACUCCCCUGUUCCUCAUGAGCUCCGCCUCCAGGAAGAGGACUCCACCAAUCAGAGAGAAGCGGAGGUGGUUAGAGAGGCCACGCCGGAAGACGCAUCGCCGUCCCUUUGUGUGAUGACGGCAGACGACGCUAGCCAAUCUGAGAACCCGUUUGAACCUGUUGCCACGGCAACCACACCCACCAAAGAUACUGAUCAAUCACAUGCUGAGCCUUUGCAGAGGACAGAGGAAGAGGAGGAGCUUGUGGAGGAGCCACUUCCUGAAACCUCAGUGCAGACAGCGCCGCUGGCCGUGAAGGCCGCUGAUGAGGUGGUUGCUGAGCAACGCCCAAUGAGAGAGCAGGAGGACGAUAAAGGGCAGGAGGAGAAAGGCGAUGUCUCUCCUCAUAGGACAGAUGAACUUAGAGGAGAGGAGGAGGAGGAGGGCGGUGUGGAGGAGGACAGGUCAGAUGGGGGGGAGGAUGAGGAGGAGGAGGAGGAGUUGCCCUCCUCCCAGCCCGUGAGCCCAAUGCUGGAGCUGGACCCUUCGUUAGACAAGGAGGUGAUGCAGCUGAUGACCUCCUCUCUUCCACCUGCCCUCCUGCACCUCCCCUCCUCUCCCAGCCCGCCUCCCCUGCGUAGAGGGAAGGGCCGGACGCUCAGAGCUCCGCCCCCCUCCAGCAGGCCGUCAGACGACCUCUCCAUUCGCCUCAGGCAGUCCCCGUUCUCCACCGAGGCCUCGCCCGAGACCUCCCCCACCAGAGUUCCUGUCACCCCCCCUCCUCUGUCUCCACCCUCACCCCCCGCCAGGAGCUCCUCCCCCAACGGCGCGCCCGAGUCCCCUCCCUCCAAGCUUCAGGCUCUGCCCACCACUGUGGUUCCUCUCACCCCAAAAAUUGGCAUGGGGAAGCCGGCCAUCUCCAAGAGGAAGUUCUCCCCUGGUAGACCUAGGGUCAAACAGGGUUCGUUGUGGAGCAAUCGCAGGGCAGUGAGCCCCCCCUCGUCCUCCCAGGAUUCCACGGGGGAGGGGGGGAGGGACAGCCCUAAGCCCCGCCCACCGGAUUCCCCCCCCUGGAGCAUGAGAGUGGGUCGUGGUUCAGGGUUUCCCGGCAGGAGGAGGUCCAGAGGAGGAGGUGUGGGAGGAGGAAGAGGAGGGAGAGGAAGGAGCAGGAUGAAGACGCAGGACAGCCUGACUGUGUCUCCUGGAAGUGUGUAUGUGGAGUCGUUGCAGUUGAAGGAGGAGGAGGAGAACUCGAUGCACAACACGGUGGUGAUGUUCUCCACCUCGGACCACUUCACCCUCAGACAGGACAUGUGUGUGGUGUGUGGGAGUUUUGGUCAGGGAGCUGAAGGCAGACUGCUGGCCUGUUCUCAGUGUGGACAGUGUUACCACCCCUACUGCGUCAACAUCAAGAUCACUCGAGUCAUCCUGACCAAGGGGUGGCGCUGCCUGGAGUGCACGGUGUGUGAGGCGUGCGGCGAGGCCAGCGACCCGGGACGCCUGCUGCUGUGUGACGACUGCGACAUCAGCUACCACACCUACUGCCUGGACCCGCCCCUCCACACCGUGCCCAAGGGCGCCUGGAAGUGCCAGUGGUGUGUGUGGUGCGUGCAGUGUGGCUCCGCCUCCCCGGGCCUGCGCUGUGAUUGGCAGUGUAACUACAGCCGCUGCGGGCCGUGUGCCAGCCUGAGCCGCUGCCCGCUGUGCCAGAGGCAGUACAUCCACGACGAGCUGGUCCUGCAGUGCCAGCAGUGUGACAGGUGGGUCCAUGCAGUGUGUCAGGGUCUGACCACUAACGAGGAGGUGGAGGCUGCAGCUGACGAAGGCUUUGACUGUUCUCUGUGUCGAGCACACAGCCGCAGCACAUUCGGGAGGUCGGACAGCUAUGACUCUCCCUACAUGGCCCAGAUCGUCUCCAGGAGCCGGGAGCCCGACGUGAAGACAUACACCCAGGACGGAGUGUGUUUGACAGAGUCGGGUCUCUCGCAGCUUCAGUCUUUGGUUGAACCUCUGACCUCGCCGCGCCGCUACCGCAGGUGUAAACCCAAACUGAAGCUGCGGAUCAUCAACCAGAACAGCGUGUCGGUGCUGCAGACGCCCCCCGACCCUGAAACCCCCACCGAGCAGGAGCCCACCAGAGGUGAGAUGGAUUGUGACAUUAAAUCUGACUCCAGCCCGGAGCGAGACCACACCCACGACGAUGACAUCACCAAGGGGCUGGAGGUCACCGACGGCAACAAGAAGAGGAAACGGAAACCCUACCGGCCCGGUAUUGGAGGCUUCAUGGUGCGACAGAGGGGAGGGAAAGCUGGUCCGGGCCGAGCCAAACCCUGCCUGAGCAGGAAGGAUUCAGCAGAGGCCCUGCCAGGCUGGGUGGACACAGAGGUUGCCAUGGAGAUGGCCCCCCCUGCAGAGCAGAUGGUGGAAAAGGUGAAGAAGAGAUACCGCAAGAAGAAGACCAAGCUGGAGGAGGCGUUUCCCUCUUACCUGCAGGAAGCGUUCUUCGGUCGGGAUCUGCUGGACAGAAGCCGGCAGGUGGACAGGAAGGCGGGGCUAGAGACGACGGCCCCCAGCCACGGCCAAUCAGGGAUGAGAGCAGACUCUAAAGGUCCCACCCCCAGCAUAACCUCCCCCUCCCCCUCGGGCCCUCAGGUUGGCAUCAUGGCAACAGGCGCCAUGGCAACAGGCGCUGCCAGGAAACAGGCAACGCUGCCCAUGUCAGAGGAAGCUCUAGUGGAUCUGUCUGAUGUUCUCAACACUGACCCUCACAUACUGGCUACAGGACACACAGGUCUCGGUGUUUGUCAGUUCCAGGCGGAGCGCUCCAACUCUUUGUUUGCUGGUCUGGAUAUCAGCUCCAUGGCUGUUGACCACUCGUUGACCUCUGAGCCAUCAGGAAGCGGUGGGCGGGGCCAGAGGGCUGUACAGGAAGAGCCUCUGGAUGCCAUCUUAAGCCCUGAGCUGGACAAGAUGGUCACUGAUGGUGCUAUCCUCAGCAAACUCUACAAGAUCCCAGAACUGGAAGGGAAGGAUGUGGAGGAGCUGUUCACUGCGGUGCUCAGCCCCAGCAGCCAGCCGGAGCAGAACCAGAACACCAAGACCCCAACAAACACCACAGCAGCAGCAGGAGUGUUUCCUCGUCUUCCAGUGAUGAACGGCCUCAUGGGAGCUGCUCCUCAUUUUCCUCUGGCUCCCAUGAUGCCUAGCGGUGCACAGGGCCCAGCGGGCUUCAGGAUGCCCCACCCUGACAGCAACAGGGACAGGAAGUUGAACCAGCUCGGAGGGGACGUCGUCGGUCCAUGGGGUCCAGGCGGCCCUGCCCCCACAGUUGUCCCCAGCGCAAGCCCCGCCCCUGCCCCCGCCUCCGCCUCCGCCUCCACCAAUCAGGUGUCAGGAGAGGGCGACCAGGAUGUGAUGUCGACGGCCCAGAGGAGCAUGCUGAAGUGGGAGAAGGAGGAGACUCUGGGAGAGCUGGCCACCGUCGCCCCGGUGCUCUACUGCAACACCAACUUCCCCCAGCUGAGGGAGCAGUACCCUGACUGGCCCACCAGAGUGAAGCAGAUCGCCAAGCUGUGGAGGAAGGCGAGCUCCCAGGACCGAGCGCCGUACGUGCAAAAAGCGAGGGAUAACCGGGCGGCUCAGCGCAUCAACAAGGUCCAGCUGUCCAACGAUUCGCUGAAACGCCACCAGUCAGCGCAGCCGCCGCUGGGCCCGUACGACCCCGUUUCCAUGGAGACGGACGCGGCGUUCAAGGACCCGCUGAGGCCCAAAGAGUCGGAGCACGAGCAGGAGUGGAAGUACAGACAGGGAGAGGUAAAUGACAGAUGGGGCGCCGGUAAGAAGAGGCAGGAAAAUCUCCCCAAAAGCAAAGCCCUAAAAUCACCAACAGAUAAAGAUUGUCCCUACCAGGCAUCUGUAGCAGGAGGUGGCAAAGAGGCUCUGCAAAUGCGGCAGAAGAGUAAGCAGCAGGCGAAGAUCGAGGCGACUCAGAAGUUGGAGCAGGUGAAGAUCGAGCAGCGGCAGCAGCAGCAGAUGUUGCGUAGCCAACAGCUGGGCGGGGCCGUUUCCCCGGAGACGGGCAGCCGGAGCCCCAUGAUGACGCUCCCCGGCGGCAACGCCUCCCCCCUCCAGCCGGGGGCGUCCCGGGAGGGGCUGGCCAGGACGCACCCCCUCCAGGGGAACCAGACCGACGACGUCUUCCUCAGGCCCCAGGCUCCUCCCCCCUCCGGCUUCUCCUCGCUCCCCCACUCCCCUCACCCGUCCCCUCCUCACCCCCAGCCCCCCUCUCCCCAGAUGUUCUCCCCGCCCUCGUCCCGCCCCUCCUCGCCCUGGGACCCCUACAGUAAGGUGGUGGGGACCCCUCGCCCGGCCCCCUCGCCGGCCGCCGGCCCCCCGGCCGCCCAGCAGCAGCGCCGCGGCUCCCUGAGCGCCUCGCCGGCUCACGACGCCCUGGGCUCGCCCUCGCCAACGCCGGACUCCAAGCCCUCAGAGGCCCCCAGAGUCCUGGGACCACAGACAGGGGCCCAGCAGAGCAGGGUGGGCAUGAUGAGCCCCCCCACAGGCUCCGCCCCCGACCACUCCAGGCUGGUGGGUGUCCGGGCGGCUGAGGUCUACCAGAGGACGUCCCAUAACAGCAACAGUGUCCGUGUGUCUGUCACCGAGCCGUACGGGCGCUGCGGCCUCGGCCCCGGCCCGGCGGGCGGCGAGAUCGGGCUGGGCGGGGUGUUCAAGGCGCCCAUGCCCCCCCAGCAGGAGGCGUUUGGCGGCGCGGGAGGAGUUAGGAGGGACCAGCCCAGACCCACAGAACUGGGCUUCUCUCUGCCCCUCCCCCAGCAGGACACCUUCCCCUCCAGCCCGCUGUCCGGCCUCGGCUCGCCGCACCGCAGCCCGUACGCCCAGACGCCCGGCACGCCGCGGCCCGACUACAGCCAGCAGAUGGCCGACCCCUUCGCCCAGCAGUCGCCGUUGGGCUCGCGGCCCUCGCCCGACCCCUACGCCAACCCCCAGACGCCCGGCACGCCACGCCCGCACUCUGACCCCGCCUACCUCGCCACGCCGCCGGCCCUGCGGCCGGAGCAGUACGGCCAGCAGACGCCCGGCCGCAGGCCGUCGCCCUCCCACUCCUCACACCCGUCUCUGGACCCGUACGCCUCGGCCCCCGGGACGCCCCGCCCCUCUGACCGCUUCCCGCGGUCCCCCGGGGGCCAGCGGAGCAACGACCCCUACACGCAGCCCGCCGGCACGCCGCGGCCCUCCCCGGACCCGUACGGCCAGCAGCCCUCCACGCCGCGGCCCCUCAAGGCCCCCGAGCCCUUCAGCCAGGCGGGGGGCCCCGUGAGGCCCGGCGGCCCCGCAGAGAGCUUCACCGCCCAGCCGGCAGCCUCCGCCUCAUCCCCCCUGUCCCAGGACGGCUUCACACAGACACUCCACCAGGUGCAUCAGUCUCCAGGACAGCAGCAGGACGCAUUUCCCAGAACCCCUGGCGGCCAGACCCCAAAGCAUCCUGGGAUCACAGAGGAGGCCGGCUUCUCGAGCCUGGCCGGUCAGACGCCGGGUCACGACCCCUUCGAGCCGGGUCACAUGACCCCCGGCCCUCCGCAGGCCGACAAGACAGCAGCCAAUGAGAUGGCAGCUCUGGGCGGGGCCUCCCUGGACGGACCAGUCAGCAUGCUCCCUCAGCUGGGGGACUCGGAGGAGAAGCUCCGACAGGUACAGCGUCAGCGGUUGCGUCAGCUCAUCCUGAGGCAGCAGCAGCAGAAGAGCGCCCUGCGGCAAGAGAAAGGUCUGCAAGAGCCGCCGGCUGCCCCGCCCACCCCCGGCCCCGGCCCCGCCCCCGGCCCGGCCACGCCCCAUCACUGGCCCCAGGACGAGUCUGCCACCAUUCCCCCUCAAACGGAUAUGUUCGGCCGUCCGCCGCCCCCCUACCCCGGCACAGCCAGAGCGGGGGGGCCGGCCGGGGCCCCGAGGUUCCCCGGAGGUUUCCCAGGGGAGCAGAGAGGCUUCCCCACCGGAGAGGCUCCCUUCCCCAGGCAGAGCCUCCCCAGGGAGCUGGGAGGGAUGGGCGUGCGAGCACCUGGCCCCAGGUUUGGGUUCCUCCCUGGAGCUCCAGCAGGCCUGCAGGACUCCUUCCUUCGUGCUCCCCAGAGUGCAGUGCCUGGUUCUGGGCUCGGCCUGGCAGAGGGGGUCCCUGUCCAGAUGAGGAGGCCCAUGACGGGGGAGUUCAUGGGCAUCCGACCCCUGUCUGCCCCAAACACACACACACACAUGAUGACAGGUGUUUCCCAGCCCUUCCUGCCGCGCUCCCUCCCCAUCCAGCAGCACAGCAUCAUGGGACAGCCCUUCAUUGAGUUGCGACACCGGGCCCCGGAGGCUCGCCUGCGGCUGCCCUUCCCGCCGCCCGGCCCCCUGGAUCCCGAGCCCCCACCGGGGGCCCCCAGGGACCCACAGCUGCCGGCGGGCCGGUCUGCCCAAGGCGGCAGGCUGGGCGAGGCGGCGCUGGGCCAGCAGAUGGCGCUAGCAGCCGGCAUGGACACGCUGAACCAACAGGACCAACAGCAGCCGCCGCUCAGCCACGCGGCGGCGCUGCAGGGCGGCGAGGCGGCGCUCCCAGGGGCUGAUGGGAUAGAAGAGCACCUGGAGGGGGAAGACUCGGCCGUGAAGGACCUGGAGGACGUGGAGGUCAAAGAUCUGGUCGACCUCAACCUGAACCUCGACCCCGAGGACGGUAAAGAGGAUUUGGAUCUGGGUCCGAACGACCUCCACCUGGACGACCUGCUGCUGUCGGGGAAGUUUGACCUGAUCGCCUACGCCGACCCCGAGCUCAACCUGGAGGACAAGAAGGACAUGUUCAACGAGGAGCUGGAGCUGGGCGAGCCGGCCGACGACAAGGAGGGCGGGGACAGGAGGGACGGGAAGGCCGAGAGCCACGCCCCCCUGCUGGGCCACGUCAAACAGGAAGUGAAGGAUGCCAUCAAAACAGAAGCCAAGGACUGCCCCUCGGCCCACCCUGCCGUCCUGACCUCCAAACCCCCAGGAGCCCCGGGAGGCGAGGCCAAGGAGAAGCUGGAGGACUCUGGCUCUGGUUCAGCCGUCAGCGCCGUGCUGGCUCUCCCGGCCCAGGAGCAGGCUCCCACCUCAGGCAUGGCCCCCAGGGGACACGCCCCCCUGGCAGCAGGCCGGCCGGCCGUCUUCCAGCCGCAGCAGAGGCCGUUUGGCCCCGCCCCCUCCGCGCUCCUCAACCCCCAACACCAAGGUCGCCCGCCGCCCCUCCAGCCGCGCCUCCUCCUCAACCCGCAGAGCCAGCCCCUGCUUCCGGGCGUCCAGGCCCAGGCCCAGGCCCAGCUGCAGGCCCAGGCCCAGCUGCAGGCCCAGGCCCAGCUGCAGGCCCAGCUGCAGGGGGUGCGGCCCCUCCUGCUGGAGGAGCAGCCCCUCCUCCUGCAGGACCUGCUGGACCAGGAGCGGCAGGAGCAGCAGCAGCAGAAACAGAUGCAGGCGCUGAUCAGACAGAGAUCCACCCCAGAGACCGUGUUUCCCAACAUGGCAGACUUGGACUCCAUUGCAGAUCCGAUCAUGAAAGCCAAGAUGGUGGCUCUGAAGGGCAUCAACAAGGUCAUGACGCAGGGCAGCCUGGCGCUCCCCCCCAACAACAGUGUCAGUGUCAGUGUUAGAUUCCAGCAGGCUCCGGGGGCCCAGGGCCCAGAGGGGCCUCCUGUUCCUGUUCGCUGGCUUGGACAGGAUGGGAAGCUGACUCCUCAUCUGGUGAGACCGUCUCCUCCCAGCUUCGGCCCGGGCUUCACCAACGAGUCUCAGCGGCGGCAGUACGAGGAGUGGCUGGGGGAGACGCAGCAGCUGCUCCAGAUGCAGCAGCGCCUCCUGGAGGAGCAGAUCGCCGCCCACCGCAAGGCCAAGAAGGCUCUGUCGGCCAAGCAGAGGACCGCCAAGAAGGCCGGCCGCGUGUUCGCCGAGGAGGACGCCGCCCAGCUCCGCAACGUCACCGAGCAGCAGGGGGCGGUGCAGAAACAGCUGGAGCAGAUCCGGAAGCAGCAGAAGGACCACGCCGAGCUGAUCGAGGACUACAGGACCAAGCAGCAGCAGCAGAGAGCCCUGCAGCCGCCCGCGGCCCCCCCCGUGCCCCAGACGCUGCUCGGCCAACCCGUCAUGCCCGUGCAGGCCCACCCGGGCGGCCCCGCUCAGGCCCGCCUCCCGAACGCACCCCCUGUUUGGACACCUGGCAGCAUAGGGCAGAGGAUGCCCCCCCACCUGCCCCCUCAGAUGCCCCCCGCCCAGGCUCCCGCUCUGGGUCCUGCGGCGGCGAGCUUCACCGCGGCGCCGCAGGGCCCGGCCGGAGGUCCGAGCACGGCGGCAGGAAACCCUGCUGCUGUGGCGGGGGGCGGAGCCGCCGCACCCCCCCAGGUGAAGUUUGAUGACAACAACCCGUUCAGUGAAGGCUUCCAGGAGCGGGAGAGGAGGGAGAGGCUGAGGGAGCAGCAGGAGAGGCAGAGAGUGCAGCUCAUGCAGGAGCAGGUUGAGCGACAUCGCGCUCUGCAGCAGAGGCUGGAGCUGGAGCAGCAAGGCCUCCUGGGAGCCUCCAUGGGAACAGGGGCCGGGGUAGCAGCCAUACCCACGGCCGGAGCCAUGCCCGGGACCCGGGUUGGGCCCGGCCCCGGGCCGGUGACGGGGGCAGGGGGUCAGGCUGGGUCCACAGCCGCCCCCGGUGGAGACGGUCUCUCCCAGAUGCCCUUCUUCAGCUCUGAGUUGCCUCAGGACUUCCUCCAGUCCCCUCCGGCCUCCAGGGGGGCAGCGCAGCACCAGGCCCAGGCCGGGGUGCCCUUCACCCAGCAGGCCUACGGUGGAGCUUCCCUGCCCCCUGGAGCUCACACAGGUCAGGUCCUAGCAGAGCGAGGCAGGCCCCUGCCCGGGCACGGAGGCCCCCUCGACGUGGCCUCCUCCAGCCCCCAGCCCAGGCCCAGACUCCCCGGCCCCAUGGGGCCCUCUGCCCAGGGACAGGUGUGCCCUGCUGGGAUGGGAGGAGCAAACAUGACACCCUCCCACCCUGGAAGUCUGGGUGUAGGAGAUCUUCAGCGCCAUCCGUUUGGACAUGACUCCUCCUCCUCUUCCUCCCCCUCUACUCCUCUCCCCCCCUCUUUCCCCUCCUCCUCUGGAGGCCCCUCCUCCCUCAUCCAGCUCUACUCUGACAUCAUCCCUGACGAGAAACCAAAGAAGAAGAGGAGCAGGAACAGGAAGAAGGACGGAGACGAUAACAUAGGCGGAGGGGCCAGGACGCCGCUGUCGUCCCACUCUGAUGACAUCACAGCCCCACCCACACCAGCUGUCUCUGACACUUCUUGCUCCACACCCACACGGGGCAGCGUGGACCAAUCAGAUCUGUCCUUCCCUCAAAGCUCCUCCUUCUCUGGCCUCGCUCCAUCGUCGGAGCUGGAGAGGCAGCUGUCAGCUGACCCCUCAGCCCAGGAUGGGGCCUCUACCUUGGGCUUGGAGUCUGAGAGAGUCCCUCUCUCUGGAGCUCAUCUGGUGGUCAAGGAGGAGAAGCAUGAGCGAGGUGUGUGUGGAGAGGGUGUGGUCAAAAUGGAGGAGGGAGUGAGCGAGGGAUUCUCCACCUCUCCUCUCCACGGAGGAGACGGAGGAAAGGAGCUGCUCAGACACCUGCUGAAGGACAAGACCUCCCCGGCAAAUACGCCGUCGCCUGGCAACCAGGCCCCGCCCGCUCGCCGGCAGCUGUCCGGCGAGAGCAUCCGGUCCGAGGAGGAGGAGGGGCCAGCCGGUCCUGGUUACCAUGGCAACAGCAACAUGAUGGUGGACAGUCCCGGGCAGGAGCACCUGGACGUCCCGGGGAAGAAGAAGCCUCAGCGCUGCAAGAGGCUCGCUCGCCCGGAGAGAGAGAGAGCCCCUCCCAAAAACAAGAGGAGGAAAAAAGAGGAAGAGGAGAAGACGCUCCACUCCUCUUCCUCGUCCACCUCUGAUCCGCUGAUGACACUCAGACAGCUGACAGUGCUGCCCCUCAUGGAGCCGGUUCUAGGGGUGGACCUGAGUCUGUUCCCCCCGUACGGCAGCUCCUCCCUGGGCAGAGACUCCAGGCUGACCGGCUCCUUCGGGAACGCCUCGCUGGACGGAGUCACCGACUACUACUCCCAGCUCAUAUACAAGGUACUACUACUGCAGUACUACUACUCCCAGCUCAUAUACAAGGUACUACUACUGCAUGUGUGUGUGUGUGUGCAGGGUCUGGGUCUGUAUGCAGCCAGAGACAUUGAGAAGUGCACGAUGGUCAUCGAGUACAUCGGCACCAUCAUCAGGAGCGAGGUGGCCAAUCGCAAGGAGCGGCUGUACGAGUCCCAGAACCGUGGUGUGUACAUGUUCCGUAUCGACAACGACUUCGUGAUCGACGCCACCAUCACCGGAGGCCCCGCCAGGUACAUCAACCACUCGUGUGCUCCCAACUGCAUCACGGAGGUGGUGACGGUGGAGAAGGAGAACAAGAUCAUCAUCAGCUCCUGCAGACGCAUCCAGAGAGGAGAGGAGCUGUCUUACGACUACAAGUUCGACCUGGAGGACGAUCAACACAAGAUCCCGUGUCACUGUGGAGCGCUCAACUGCCGCAAGUGGAUGAACUGACACACACACACACACACACACACACACAGGCAGCUCUCUCUCUCUUCGUCUUGGUGCUGUGAGCUGGAUGUCGAUCGCCCGCUGACCCACAGGAGACCGGAGGGACUUCAGAUCGUCGUCAUCUGUCAAUAACUGAUAUUAAUAAAACUGAUCAUUAUGAUAUUGAUGAUAAUAAUAAUAAUAACGAUAAUCAGGUGGGGCGUCUUUGGAACCAUAGUUUUAUUUACCGGGAGGGGGCGGGGCUUGUUAUAGAGGUCAUCUGGGUGAUGACACGGGCGGGGGGGGCGGGGUCAAAGCGAAGCGGCUGACUUCCUGUGCGGAGAAGAGGCUGGUCCUCUGCUCGACCCGAAAACACGCCACUGAGUACCAGAAUGUCCCGAUUCCUGAAAGGGAGCGCGAAUAACUUGCACUAAAAAGAUGGAAAAAACAAACAAAAAAAAAAAACUCCAAAAAAAUAAAAAAACAAAAAUAACAGGAGAAAAAAAAAAUUCCCCAUGGAAAAAAAAAAAA